UGAUCCACAGACCGUUUCCCCUCCAACUAGAGAAGAGAGAACUCUUGUCGCAUUUUGGGAAGGGAGCUCUUUUUUACAUUUUUUUUUAUCCAAGCCUGCUUUUUUAGACUGCAGGACCAAAGUUGAAGGAGAAGGUCUCAGGAAAUAAUUUUGUAUUUCUACUACAUACAAACAGACUCGACAAUGUUUGAGGCUCGCUUGGUACAGGGAUCCAUCCUGAAGAAGGUUUUGGAGGCUCUGAAGGACCUGAUCACCGAGGCCUGUUGGGACGUGAGCUCGUCGGGUAUCUCUCUUCAGAGUAUGGACUCGUCCCACGUCUCCCUAGUUCAGCUCACUCUCCGCAGCGACGGAUUCGACUCCUACCGUUGUGACCGCAACCUCGCAAUGGGAGUCAAUCUUAGCAGUAUGUCAAAGAUCCUGAAGUGUGCUGGGAAUGAAGACAUUAUCACUCUCAGAGCAGAGGACAACGCAGACACACUCGCCCUAGUCUUCGAGACACUCAACCAGGAGAAGGUGUCGGACUAUGAGAUGAAGUUGAUGGAUCUCGAUGUAGAGCAGUUGGGAAUCCCAGAGCAGGAGUACAGCUGUGUGGUCAAGAUGCCAUCGGGGGAGUUUGCCCGUAUCUGCCGUGACCUGUCUCAGAUUGGUGACGCCGUCAUGAUCUCUUGCGCCAAGGAUGGCGUUAAGUUCUCGGCCACGGGAGAGCUGGGCACUGGCAACGUCAAGCUGUCCCAAACCAGCAAUGUGGACAAGGAGGAGGAAGCGGUCAGUAUUGAGAUGAACGAGCCAGUCCAGCUGAUCUUUGCUCUCAACUACCUCAACUUCUUCACCAAGGCCACACCCCUCUCCAAGACAGUCAUCCUCAGCAUGUCUGCAGACAUUCCCCUAGUGGUGGAGUACAAGAUAGCUGACAUGGGCCAUGUCAAGUACUACCUGGCGCCCAAGAUUGAUGAGGAGGCUUCCUAAACCUCCCUGGUCCAAACUUCCAAUGGAGUGGGGGGGGGGGGGGGGGGGGGGGGGGGGGUCGGUCAUGUUCCUUCCUGUGGGUGGGGAGGAGGAUCUUGUUGGCGGGUGGGAAAGAGAUGGCUGGCUGACUUUGUCUGCAUCAUGGCAUCGCUAUUGCGUUUUAGUUUUAUCUGGAUAUGUUUGUUUAUCAGCAGUUUGACUGAUCCAGUCAUUUUUAUAUAUAUAUAUAUAUAUGUGUGUAUAUGUGGUAGGGAUCUACUGAUGUCCUUUUCUGGGACUAGGGUUCUUAUUCUAGCGCAAGUACUUUUUAGUUGCUAAUCUUACCUGGCCAGCUGUCUGAGGAAGAUCAACAGAACUCCAUGCUCCCCUUGUUCCCUCUUCUGUUUGGAAAACAAAUGCUCAAUCCAGUUUGUAGAUAUGUCUGUAUAUAUGUUCUGUGGUCAUGUUCACCACUCCAACUUUUUAUUCUUGAACCCCAAUAAAUAAAUACUUUGAUUCUGAUUUA